AUGACGAACUCUGCAUCUGCUGAGCCUUCAGCUAUCCUUUCACAUCUGCACCGGACAGACGGCUCCGCAACCCUUUCGCAGAAUGGCUACACAGUGAUUGGUGCUGUCAACGGCCCUAUUGAGGUUCAACGACGCGAUGAACUUCCAGAAGAAGCGGCAAUUGACGUGAUUGUACGCCCAGCAGCUGGUGUUGGAGGCACACGGGAGCGACAUCUGGAAUCGAUCCUGCAAUCUACUCUCCGCCAAAUCAUUCUCACCCAUAAUUUUCCUCGGUCCCUGAUCCAAGUAACGCUCCAAGUCACGAGUACCCCGGAGAAUGAUACCGCGGGGGCAAAAAUUGUGCAAGCCGGUUCGCAUCUAGCUAUCCUUCCCACCUUACUUCAGACCGCGGUCUUGACCCUACUUGCCGCCUCCACGCCGCUGGCCAUGAUCGCGACUUCGGUCCUGAUUGCCGUCAACUCUGAAGGAGAAUCUCGAAACCUCAUCCAAAAUCCUAAUCCCGAGCAGGUCCGAAGUGCCAAUUCAGUCCACGUAUUGGGUUUCACCUCCCAUGGAGAGCUGUUACUCUCAGAAAGCGAGGGAAGCUUUACAUUGGAUGAAUGGGACGAGGUCUACGAGACUGCGAAAGCGCUAUGCUCUGGUGAGAAGACAGCCGAUGACAAUUUUAUGCAAGGCGUGGGAUUGGAGAAUAACAAAGGCGACAUGAUGAUGUUUAUCAAGUCAGCUAUGGAACGGAAGAUCGCCGCAGACCUGCACUACAAAGUGUGA